AUGGCUGCGGCUAUCACAGCAUACGCUCGUAUCCAUAUGCACCAUUACAUAUCCAGAGAUGAUUGUCACUAUAUCGAUACCGACUCCUUUCUUCUUAAUGGCCUACUUCCAGAUUUAGACAUAUCUUCCAUGGAGUUAGUUAUUAAAUAUAAGGGGGUGGCUAAAUCCCUUGUAACUCCUAAGUGGUAUAAAAAACAAUACGAGAAUUUAAAUCGCACCACAGAGGCUGUUGUGAAAACCCUAUUCUAUGUUAAUUGGAAAACGCUAGACGUCGGUGAAAGGCCUAUUAAUGUCCACUUAGGAAGCCCUACUAAAAGCAAGAGGGAAGCAGUCUAUGAUAAUAAUAAUGCUUGGGUUGAUACAAAACCCUUCCAUGUGAUAGACUACGCAGGACAAGAGAUAAGAGUAUUAGAAUGGAAACUUCACUCUCUUCAAAAAGAGUAUGAGCUUUUAACAGCUACUAUAAACAAAUAUAAGGAUGGUAAGAGUCAAAACUCUGAUGGUAAGAGUCAAAACUCGGAUGGUAAGAGUCAAAACUCGGAUGACUCUAAUAAAUAUACUAUUCAAACAUCUUCAGAUCCUAUGAGAUCGAGUAUUCAAAACCUGGAGCCACGUCAGGCCCCUACUCUAUACAUCCAUCCCCCGAAGAAGUCAAAGAGGAAGAAAAAGUGGAAGAAAAAGAGGAAGAAGUAG